AUAUCCCUUCGCCCCAAAAAACCAAAAUUCAAACAAGCAAAGAAAGGAAUUCACAGCGUAUACACACCCACCCACGGUCGCCUAUAUAUAUUACCUUCUACCGUAUCUUUCUUCCUUGCCGCUGCUAUCCCACUCGGGAAUCUCUCUCUCUCUCUCUCUCUCUCUCUCUCAUGGCAUCAUUUUCUAGAAGUACUGCCUUCUUCCAGACUCUUUUUAUAUUUUCUCUCUCUUUCUCAGGAAUCGUCGAAUCCUUCGGCAUCAAUUAUGGUCAAGUUGCCAACAAUUUACCACCGCCGGACAGAGUUCUCGAGCUUCUACAAUCGCUUAAGAUCAACAAGGCCAGGAUCUACGACACCAAUCCUCAAAUUCUGACGGCAUUUGCCAAUUCCGGUGUCGAGCUCAUCGUCACCGUCGAGAACCAAAUUCUGAGGCAGCUUAUGGAUCCACAACAAGCCCUUCAAUGGGUGAGCACCCACAUAAAGCCAUAUUUUCCGGCCACCAAGAUCACCGAAAUCGCCGUCGGCAAUGAGGUCUUCACCGGAGACGACAUGUCGCUCUUGGACAACCUUGUUCCGGCCAUGGUCAGCAUCCACGCCUCCCUGGUCCAACUAGGGCUAGAUCAAUACAUCAAUGUCUCUACGCCGAGCUCCCUGGCGGUUCUCGACGUGUCUUACCCGCCUUCCGCCGGCUGUUUCAAGGGAGAACUUACCGGAAUCAUGUCACAGCUCUUGCAGUUCUUGACAGCCACCAAGUCCCCCUUUUGGAUCAAUGCAUACCCUUACUUUGCCUACAAAGAUGAACCAAAUGGAAUUUCUCUAGACUAUGCGUUAUUUAACCCUAAUUCAGGCAUGGUUGAUCCUUACACCAAGUUACGCUAUGACAACAUGCUAUAUGCUCAGGUUGAUGCAGUGAUCUUUGCUUGUGCAAGAAUGGGUUUUGGUGGGUUGGAAGUAAGGGUUUCUGAGACCGGCUGGCCAUCGAAAGGCGACUCCAACGAAGUCGGGGCAACUGUCCAAAACGCGGCAAUAUAUAACAGGAAUUUGCUUAGAAGGCAAAUGGCAAGCGAAGGGACACCAUUAAGACCAAAGAUGAGGCUAGAGGUGUAUCUGUUUGCUUUGUUCAAUGAGGACUUGAAGCCUGGGCCAAUUUCAGAGAGGAACUAUGGCCUGUUUCAGCCUGAUGAGAGCGUGGUUUACAAUGUGGGACUCUCUGCCUUGUCAAGCACUUCUUCCACCUCCUCAGCUUCCAUUUCUCUCACUUCCUCUGCCACCAAGAAGCCGGUGCCAAAGAUGGGAUAUCAAAGCUUGGUUUACUGGAUGUUUGUAUACUUGCUGGCCUACCAAGUACUAAUAAGGAGACAAUGUUAGGCAAUGAAGCUGAUGCAUAUAUACUUUUCGGCAAUGAGAAUGGGGUUUCCCUUUCAGGCUUUGUUGCACUUGAAGAGCAAACACUGCAAGCAAUUUAGACCCCUCCCCAUUGGCAAGAGAAAGGUUCAUCAUGGUAUGGGCCUCAAUGAAGGGUUACCCCAUUUUGCCAAUUACCCAAAAACGUCCCACAAUUUGAUGGAUAUAUAGUUGGCAAAUUUAAAUUAAGUGUCAUUUGCGGUCAUCAUCAAAUUGAUCAGGAAAUUGAAUCAUUGAUCGAGUCCGAUUCAAACGGUCCCAUUCAUCAGAGGUGACGCACAUUCUUCGGAGGACAGGCGACAAGAUUGAUUACCACCAAGCUAUAUUGUAUUAUAUAUAUAUAUUAUAUAUACGAAUGGUGUAGCUGAAAAAUGUACGUCUCCCAGUUUACUUUUUCUUUUCUCUCUCUUUAGGUAGGACUUUCAACUAUGUAUGUCUCUCAUUAUAUAUAUAUAUAGAGAGAGAGAGAGAGAGAGAGAGAGAGAUCAGUUAAUUAUUAAUUUUUACGUAAGUUGAUCAAUCUUGUAACUAAGACUACUCCUCUCUCUUUGGCCGCGCCAUAAAAAGUCGCCACUUUUGGGACGUGGAUUCCACAACUGUUCCUGUCAUAUACCAUAUAAAAAAUUGUCAAAACUACUGUUUUUCUGCU